CUUGUCUUUUUACUUAUUUUUCUUUCUCGAUUUGUCAUUUUUCUCUCGGGUUUCCCCUGUUAGCUGUUACGCACGCCCAAGGACGACUGUUCAAAAGAAGCUGAGAGCAAGCGUUAACCCGGAAGGAGUGACCGGAUGUGAAAGUGAGUCAGUGUUUGUCGGGCUGAAAUGUAGCAGGUCACAGAAGGUUCCGGCUUCAGAAAGGAAAGCUGUCGUCCUUUCUUCCUUUUCUUAGAUGCUGAGAUGAAUCGUCACCUGUGUGCUUGGCUUUUUAGACAUUCAUCUCUUAAUGGUCCCCUCCAGUACCACCUCCAUCCCCAAUCUCAUCAGUUUACGCAGAUCCAUCUUGAUACAAGGCUGUGGAUUUUUAGACAAAGCAGGAAUCCCAUUCUCCACCAUCUGUUAAAUAAGAAUUGUCCCAGGAGAUACUGUCAUCAGUCGAAGAUGCUGUGGAAGCAUAAAGCACUACAGAAAUAUAUGGAGGACCUGAAUGAGGAGUACAGGACGCUUGACGACUGUUUGCAGCGUAUGUCUGUGAAUGAAGGGGACCGGAAGUCCCUGAGUCGAAGGCAUGCUCAGUUGGCGCCACUUGCAGCCAUUUACCAAGAAAUUCAGGAGGCUGAGCAAGCAAUUGAAGAAUUAGAUUCAAUGUGUAAAAGUCUAAAUAAACAAGAUGAAAAGCAGUUACAAGAACUCGCAUUGGAAGAGAGGGAAACCAUCGCUCAAAAAAUCCAUAUGUUAUACAGUGAGCUUUUCCAGAGUCUAGUGCCAAAGGAGAAAUAUGACAAAAAUGACGUUAUUUUAGAGGUGACAUCUGGAAGAACUACUGGAGGUGAUAUCUGCCAACAGUUUACUCGUGAAAUAUUUGAUAUGUACCAGAAUUAUUCAAGCUAUAAAAACUGGAAAUUUGAACUCCUGAAUUAUACACCAGCUGAUUAUGGUGGGCUGCAUCACGCAGCUGCCCGAAUUUCUGGUGACAGUGUCUACAAGCAUCUGAAGUAUGAAGGUGGGAUUCACCGAGUUCAGCGAAUCCCUGAGGUGGGCCUGUCAUCAAGGAUGCAGCGUAUUCACACGGGAACCAUGUCUGUUAUCGUCCUCCCUCAGCCAGAUGAGGUAGAUGUGAAGGUGGACCCGAAGGAUUUGCGGAUAGAUACAUUUCGAGCCAAAGGAGCAGGAGGACAGCAUGUUAAUACAACAGAUAGUGCUGUCAGACUUGUCCAUAUCCCCACAGGGCUUGUAGUAGAAUGCCAACAAGAACGAUCACAGAUUAAAAAUAAAGAAAUAGCUUUGCGUGUGUUGAGAGCUAGACUCUACCAGCAGAUGAUUGAGAAAGACAAGUGUCAGCAACAAAGUACUAGAAAACUGCAGGUGGGAACAAGAGCCCAGUCAGAGAGAAUUCGGACAUAUAAUUUCACCCAGGAUAGAGUAACUGACCACAGAAUAGCAUACGAAGUUCGUGAUAUUAAGGAAUUUUUAUGUGGGGAGAAGUGUCUGGAUCAGCUAAUUCAGAGACUCCUUCAUUCAGCAGAUGAAGAAGCCAUUAUUGAAUUUUUGGACAAAAACCUUAAAUCAGCAAAAUAAGUGCAGAUUUAUUAUUUUUUAUUAUAUAAAGGAAAUGGACCUAUAUCAAGAAGCAGCUGUUUAUAAAGUACAGCUAAAAUUACACAGGACAUACAAAUAUAUUUUUUAAUGAAUAAGUCACAUUUCCUGACUGAAGAGCUUAUAAAGUACAGUCCAACUCUUCAAGCAGAAAAUAAGGAUGCACUGUUGAAAAGAGAAAUGAAAUUUUGAAAAUUAUGUGAUACAGGCUUAUAAACUUUAUAAACCCAUAUUUCAAGAAAAGUAUUGUAAAUCCAUAUUAAAAUUAGGCUUUUAACUACUACUUUUAAACAAACAAACAAAUACAAAAAUUGUGAAGAAUGGGAGUCACUAACAGCAUCUCCAGGAUAUAGAUUGUAGAGCUCUUGGAGAGUGGAACUAAUUCUGUACUGUAUAAACUACAAGCCAAUAUUUAAAGUGAACUCUCUGCUUGGCUUUUCUUUCUUGUUUUUCUUUGGCUUAACUUCGGAGCAUCUACAGAUGGAGUAUAACGUGAGUAAUUCCCUAUGCCUGGUUCUGUGCGGUGAUGUCCAUAGAGCCCAGUCCUGACCUCACAGAGCUUUCAGUUGAGUGACAGAGCCAAAAUAGAAGCCACCAACUCUAAUACCAAGUGAUGUGACGUAUUUAGUACUUGUUCUCUGGAAGUUUCUUGAGUCAAAAAGAAAGGGGUUAUUAUUUUGGACGUUCUUCAGAAGAAAAUUAUGUGCCCAGGAAAGAUUAGCUAAAAUGGAAUUCUAAGGCCAGUGGAAUUAGGAGGUAAACACUGAAGUCAUAGUUUUUUACCCCAAUUCUUACUUUGAGAGCACCGGGAAGAAGUUUUUAAAAUAAUUUUUAAGAAACAGUGCAGGGACACC